CUUAUUAUUCAUGAAACAAAUCAGAGAGGUUAUUUUCUCAUAAUUUAAUUGAAUUAUUAUUUGCUUUUGUCUGGUCUGUAAAGACUUGUAGAGAUCAGAAUUUUGCUAUAUGUAGUAGUGCAGAAGAGGGCUGCAGAUGCACUGGCAACUGAAAACAAAUUAAGCACUCACCAACUCACAUAUAUCCGAUCAAAUUGCAUAGGAUAGAAAAACAUGGCACCCGUGAUUCCCAGGUUCUGUGUCUUCAAAUCAAACUAUGCCGGGAAGUAUUUGCGUUACGUUCAAGAAGAAAAGCAGCGCAGGUUGAUCCGAUGCGACGGCGACGAUAUCUGGGAUCCGUUAUCCAAGUUCAGAGUGGAGAAAGCAAAGAGCAAUAAAGACUUGGUCCACAUAAGAUGCUCUUACAGCAACAAAUACUGGCGGCGUAAUGGGGAGGUGACGGAUUUAAUCGCUGCGGCAGCUGAUGCGGCAGACGAAGACCCAUCCAAAUGGUCAUGCACGUUGUUCAAGCCCCUCGCAAAAGAUGACAAAACAUUUCGUUUUCAGCACGUCCAGAGUGGGAACAACGUAUGGUAUCUGCGGUCAGAUAAUGAAGACCGGGGUUGCUUAAUUGCCAGAUAUUCGUACGAAGAGCCAGAUGGAGGCGAUCUCUUCACAAUCACUGAUUGGGAAUCCUUGGUGAUAUUGCCCAAACAUGUGGCGUUCAAGGGCGAUAAUGGGAAAUAUCUACGUUACCGCGGCGAAGGUGGUGACGAACACAUGGAAUUCGGAGCUACUGACAUUGGUGAUAAUAAGGUUGGAGAGCAAAUCUUCAGCAAUCCUGAUGGAAGUAUCUGCUUGAAGCACGAUUCCAAUGGAAAAUUCUGGAGGGCUACCCCAAAUUGGAUAUAUCCAGACACAACGAGCGCUUCCGGCUCUGACCCAGCAACACUGUUUUGGCCAAUCAAACUUCAGGGCAAUGCUAUCGCCCUCCGUAGCACGGGCAACGACAGAUUUUUGCGCAGAACUGAUUAUGGUGGUACAGUGGACUGUCUCGCUGCAGCAUCUUGGGCCACGACUAUUGACAGGCAGAGCCACCUGGCGGUGGAAGAGCUUAUCAAAGUGAGGCAAAUUUAUAAUGUGGUGUACAGAUUGGAGGAUGCUAGAAUUUAUGACGAAACGCCCAUGACAUUGGCUCGCUCCUGUGUCUCUAACAUGACUCAACAGACUGAAACAUUAGAGGUGACAAUGUCGUACACAGAGGCCUGGAAGUACGAAUGGAAUACUGGUGUUUCAAUGGCAUCUUCUUUUAGUAUGAAAUUCUCAGCUGGGAUUCCGAUGAUCACGGAUAUUUCCAUUGAAGUGAAGGAUUCGAGGGAAGAUGAAUACGAGUGGGGAACUGUGGUAGAUGGGUCUUUCAGUUUGACAAAAACAAUCCCAGUUAGCGUGCCGCCAAUGACUAAAACGACAGUUAGACUUCUUGCAACGCUUGGUUCUUGCGACGUUCCCUUCUCCUACACUCAGCAAGACACCCUUACUAAUGGGCAGUUAGAUGUUUCUGUCAAGCACGACGGUCUUUAUACUGGUGCCAAUUGCUACAAAUUUCGCACUGAGACCUCAGAGGAAAAGUUGUAAUCUGAAAGAAAAAUCACCUGAAAAUGAAACUGCUACAGGUUUACCAACCUUGUUAGCAGCACUGCAUUUACCAACCUUGUGAACGCAUGCACUUAUCCUAAAUAAUUGGUGUAAGCCAUUGUCGCUGGGCUUUCUUUUUCUGAAAAUUAAUCGCAGUUGUGUUGCUUCUUAAUCAUCAAAUAUCAAUAAAUAAAUUCUCCUGAAAAAUGAAAACGAAUAUUGAAUAAAUAAAUAUUUUCUGAUCUGGUUAGGGAUUUUA